GACCACAGUUAUGUUACCUGAAGAAAAAAGGUGGUGCCGAGCCACCUAAACCUGUUUAGAACCGGAGUGCACAUUGUGCAACUUAAGUCGGACUACUGUAAGUACCAUCUCCUAGAUAGGCCAGUCCCUAGAAUCUGUUCAUUUGCAUGUGGUUGUUAGUGUGUCUUGAUUGGCGCACUAGCCUGGCUUGGGUCAUGGGUUUGGGGCGGGCGAGCGUGAAACGGUCAUUCCCACCCAGGAGGUCCACACUAGGCAGGAGACGGACUAGCGCCAGUAUUGGAACCUGCACGUUGGGCUCGCCUGCUCUCCUGCAGUCAGCAACGCAACCGCCAUUUCAAGAGACCGCUCGGUCAUCUCAUUAAGUAGACACUCAAGUAUCGUUUACUACAUCGGCUUGUUGCCACGCCUAAUACUUCUCUUCUGCAACUUCAGCUCUCCACCUUUCCAUCAAAUAACUCUCUAGAUUUCGCAUACGCUGACGUACCGUCCAAGUGCCCCAUCAUGAAUCCCGA